AUGGCCGACAUCUCCGAAAAGCCCGGGUCUUCGACCAACGAAGACCUGUCGGGCAAAGCAGCUAUUCAUGAUGAAACUCUUCACUCAGCAGCCGAGCGUGGUCAUGCGGCCACAGAUUUGUACGGUCAAUCACUCUUGGCCUUCGACAAGGCAGCCGAGUCGCGUCUUCGUCUCAAGAUUGAUCUCUACAUUAUCCCCACGGUGGCGAUCCUGUAUUUAUUCUGUUUUAUUGAUCGUGCCAAUAUUGGCAAUGCACGCCUUGCUGGUUUUGAAAUGGACUUGGCCCUGCAGGGAUACGAUUACAAUACUGUUCUGAGUGUCUUCUACAUCAGCUAUAUCGUGUUCGAAAUUCCCAGCAACAUGGCUUGCAAAUGGAUCGGACCUGGAUGGUUCAUUCCCGCAAUCUCCCUCGGCUUCGGAAUCAUGACCGUCUGCUUCGCUUUCGUCCGGACCUUCUCUGCCGCUUGUGGUGUCCGCUUUCUUCUUGGACUUUUCGAAGCAGGCAUGCUUCCAGGCAUAGCGUACUAUAUGUCGCGAUGGUACCGCAGGGCAGAGCUUGCUUUCCGCUUGUCCAUGUACAUCGUCAUGGCACCCCUCGCAGGUGCCUUUGGUGGCCUGUUGGCUUCUGCCAUCUUGAAGCUCGACAAUUUCGGCAGCACGCGAAGAUGGGAGAUGAUUUUCGCCAUCGAAGGCAUUGUCACCAUCUGCCUCUCGCUCAUCGCCUUCUUCACCCUUACCGAUCGUCCGGAGACAGCCAGAUGGCUCACCCAGGAAGAGAAAGAUCUCGCCAUCGCUCGUGUCAAGUCGGAGCGCGUCGGCACGACUGAGGUUCUUGACAAGCUCGAUACGAAGAAGACGCUUCAUGGUAUCUUCAGCCCCGUCACCCUAGCAACGUCGUUCAUCUUCCUGCUCGACAAUAUCACGGUUCAAGGCCUCGCAUUUUUCGCUCCUACCAUCGUUCGUACAAUCUACCCAGGGAGCUCAGUGGUAUCCCAGCAGUUGCACACUGUGCCUCCCUACAUCGUUGGCGCCUUCUUCGUUGUUGCCUUCAACUUUCUGAGCUGGAGAAUGGAUAAGCGAAACAUCUUCUUCAUCAUGAAUGCGCCUUUGAUGAUGGCAGGCUACAUCAUGUUUCUGGCCAGCACCAAUCCCAACGUGCGAUACGGUGCAACCUUCAUUAUCGCAUCUGGAGCUUUUGCAUUUGGAGCGCUCUGCAAUGCGCAAGUGAGCGCCAAUGUUGUGUCAGACACCGCUCGCUCAAGUGCCAUCGGAACGAACGUGAUGUUUGGUAACGUUGGUGGUCUCAUCUCAACGUGGUCAUUCCUUCCAUUCGACGGCCCGAAUUACCACAUCGGCAAUGGGUUGAACUUGGCAACGUCUUCGGUGAUCCUGAUCUUGUCAAUUCUUCUGGGUAUCUGGAUGAAAGCUAGCAAUGCUCGGCGGGAUAAGAAGAAUGUUGAGCAGGAGUUGGAAGGAAUGAGUCAGCAGAAGAUUCAGGACUUGGACUGGCGGCAUCCUGCUUUCAGGUGGAGAUCUUGA